AUGUAUGAACUGCAAGCCCCGGGCGCUGCUCGGCAGGGCGGUGCCGGGGGCUGGUCCCGGGGCGGUGCCGGGGGCUGGUCCCGGUGUCGGCGCUGGCGGCAGCGGCGGGCGCGGAGCACACGGCGGCGGCGGCGCGGGGUCCACACCAUGGGCGGCGGCUGCUGGCGGCUGCUGGGCUUCGUGUGCCCGCUGCUCCUGCACCUCGCCGCGAGCCAGGAGCCCGUCAGCAUGGCGGGACAGUGCGACAGCAUCUUCAGGGGCUUCGCCAGCUGCCUCAUCAGCCUGGGCGAGAGCAUGACCCUGAACAUCCGGCGGCAGCAGCAGCAGCAGGAGGAGGAGGGCGGCGACGAGGCGCAGGAGCUGGAAACCAUCUGCAAGUCCUGGGAUGAUUUCCACACCUGUGCCAGUGACGUGCUGUCCAGAUGCCCGGUGGAAGCGAGCAGCGUUUGGGAGUCGCUGCGCCAGGAGUCCCGCAAGAUGCAGUUCCAGGGGAAUCUGCAGGAGCUGUGCAGCGCCCGGAGCCGCCUGGCCAGCCCCCAGCCCCCCGGCUCGUCGGCCUCUGAGACCAACCAGGCCACGCUGCGGGGCUCGGCCACCUCCCUGCACCCCCGUCUGCUGGCCCUGCUGGGUGAAUUAGUGCCGGAUCCCGGCAGGGUGGCUAAGAGGAUAAACGCCAGCCGGGCGCCGGGCGCGCACAGCGCAGCGCCCGCCGGCACCUCCGCAGGGGUGGGAGCGGCGGGGCACGGGAGGGGACCGGGGGGAUGGAGCGCCACCAACGUGCCGUGA